AAUGACCUCGUGACGGAGCUGUCCACAACAGCGCUGACUGGCAAUAGUACGGCCGACGAGGAAGAGCUCGAACCAGAUGCACUCACCACACUCACCGUCGUGCUUAUCGGCAUCUUCCUGUCGCUGGUCAUCUUCCUGUCUAUCGCGGGCAACAUCCUGGUGUGCGUAGCCAUCUAUACGGACCGCGCCUUGCGACGCAUCGGCAACCUGUUUCUCGCGUCGCUUGCCAUCGCAGACCUGUUCGUGUCCAGCCUAGUGAUGACUUUCGCCGUGGUGAACGACUUACUGGGCUACUGGAUGUUCGGGGCGCAGUUCUGUGACACCUGGAUCGCGUUCGAUGUGAUGUGCUCCACCGCAUCCAUCCUCAAUCUGUGCGCCAUCUCCCUGGACCGGUACAUCCACAUCAAGGACCCACUGAGAUAUGGACGCUGGGUGACAAGAAGGGUGGCUGCGGGGUCCAUCGCUGGCAUAUGGUUGCUUGCGGCUCUAAUCUCAUUUCUCCCCAUCUCCUUGGGCCUCCACCGUCCUCCUCAGCCACUCGUAUACCACGCAGGUGACACUGAAUACCCCACCUGUGCCCUCGACCUGACGCCAACAUACGCCGUCGUCUCGUCCUGCAUUAGUUUCUACUUCCCGACGCUGGUGAUGCUCGGCAUCUACUGCCGCCUCUACCUCUACGCACAGAAGCACGUUAAGAACAUACGCGCAGUUACGAGGCCGCUCACUGCUUCUUCAGCCACCACCAACUUCGGUGCCACUAUGGACUCAAAUUCGCCCACUCACUCCACAUCUUCUAAACAUGCUCUUGCCAACAAGGUGCAAAUGCAUCACCAGUCCUCCCCGUAUCAUGUGUCGGACCACAAGGCUGCCAUAACCGUAGGCGUCAUCAUGGGUGUUUUUCUGAUAUGCUGGGUACCCUUCUUCUGUGUGAAUAUCGUGGCCGCUUUCUGCAAGACCUGCAUACCCGGCAUUGUAUUCAAGAUACUUACGUGGCUGGGCUACUCAAACUCGGCCUUCAAUCCUAUUAUUUACUCCAUAUUCAACACGGAGUUCCGUGAAGCGUUCAGGAGGAUUCUGACAGCGCACUAUCCACCUUGGUGUUGCGAUGGCAAGUGCGGCUACGAAGCUGUCAGUGGAAGAUCUUCUCUUGGUGGGGGAAAAAGAAGAAGUGCUGGUGAUGGAGGGGAAUUUGGAAGCCUGAGGGGAAAGAAAGGACUAGGAAGUGGUUUGGGUUGCACUCCAAGGCACAAUGGUUCUUGCACACAGCUUAAAGAAAGCAGCAGUCCGAGAAGUUCUGCUGGAUCAGUAGGAACUCUGAGACAAACUAGAGUAAACUCCGCAGACAGGGAUAUUAUAGAGGGAGAAGAAAUAAGUGCAAUAUGACUGCAGUUAAGUCGCGACAGUGAAGUACAUAAUCUUGGAAGAUUGAACAUUUCUUAUUCCUGUUGAUGCAAUACGUCAGAUGCCAGAAGGAGAUCACAAGAGACUUACUCUCUGUUCAUUAAGAACAAUUAGAUACACUGUGUUAUUUUCAUAACACUGAUAGUUAUGCUCACUACUGCAGGCAGAUCGCACCCACGUUAUAUUAGAGUUGUAAAGGACAUAAUUAUUAGUGUAACAGUGUUUGUGUGAGUGUAAAUUUUUCAUGAAUCAGGACCACAUUUUACGUAACACACUUCGUCUUUCCAUUUUGAGUGACUGGGUUCUGUGGUCCCAGGUUAAAUCUAGAAUUAACCAAUUCCUGAUCCCGAAAGAGAAUGAAAGUGAGGAGUUUCAUAUUUCAAUUGGAGACAUGUAGGUAUCCAAUAUUUCUGAACUUUUUUAGGUUGUUUUUGUUUUUUAUUUAUUACGUACUCGUAUUACAGUGAAUAAGCAUCUUACGUUGCUACCACCCAGAAUUGAAAUUUAAUUGGCAAUUGUAACACUGGUAUGGAUUAUAUUCUCAAAUAAUCUUGAAUAAUAUUGUUACAAAUACAUAAAAUUCGGCAUUUUAUGCUUAUAAUCACACAAUUGUAUUUCGUAAAAUGUGCCAAAAGUAUAUGAAAAGUAAAAACCCUUACUUUCAUUUAUUUAUAUCAGGUAUGAAGUUGUUAGACUUCCCCUGAUCGUGCUGUUUAGUGCUUCAUAUACCGAAGUACGUGUUUUGCAAUGUCAAAGUACAAUGUUAAGUAACGCCUUAGCCUUUCUUUUGCAUUGCCUCUCAGACUGUUAUAUACAGAAUUACUGACUUUUUUUACUUUCUCCAUCUUCCGGAAUUCUAGGCAGUACAGGACACGACG